UAUGUACUAUUCCCAUCAUUCCUGGAUUUGUGCAGUGCUUAAAUAAAAGAAAAAAUUUAAGAUAAACCAGUGCUUAAUAUGUGUAUUUUGUGAUUAUAACCCUGUGAAUAUUCAUUUUGCUGCACAUUACGGACGUAAAGAACAUUAAGAUUAUCACCUAUGUAUAUAUAUGUAUGAAUUAUGGAAGAAUCUGACAAAUCGCAGCAAAACAUGAUAUCUAACCUACCUCUCCUGUUUGCAAAUGGAUAUCCAACGUCUUUAGAAAAAAUCACUGAAUCACAGCUUGAAAAUUUUAUACCUUUUAUGGUUCAGUGUUCUUUAGGACACAUAAACUUACCCAAAAAAAUAGACUGUAGUGAACCUGAAUGGUGGCCUGAAAAUGCGCCCUUUGGAAUACCUUUGAGAAAGCCAAAACAUUUUAUUGGGAAUUGGGUGGAGAAAAUGAAAGAGAUUGUGGUUAUUUGUUAUCAAUUUCAUAGAAGUCUUUUCCUGUUGAGGUUUUGCAAUGAUCUAGCUGCAUACGAACAUGCAAGCCUAAGAUUUAUUAACAACUACAAUUCAACAACAUCUCUCUAUGACAGAAGAAAUAACAAACUUUUGGUUACAUUCCGAAAUGAGAACAUGUCUUACGACCGCUCACAAAAAAGCAGAAAAUGCUUGUUGCUACAUAAAAGCAAAACGGAUAUACAGGAUGAUGAUACGCAAUACAUGAUGGUUGAGCCACCACCAUUUGAUAUUUAUUUAUGUGACAACUGUGAUGCUGAAUUAUAUUCCAAAGAAGCUAUUUUGGAACACGAAAAAAUAUGUAACAUAGAGGAAGAUGUAAUAUUAUGCGAUUCUCCUGAACCAGAUAGCAAAUAUGAUUCGAAGAGCGAAAACUCGGAAUUGCGUAAUGCAUUUCUUUUAAACUUCUGUCUACAGACAAAAGAGUCUGAUCAUAAUUUGUUACAUCAUAUGCCAAGAGCUCAUUUAAACAAGGAUGAAAUAAUAAUGGAGACUUCAAAGAGAAACAGACGUUUUUCAGCACGAAGGAAUCGUGCUGCUCCUUCCCUUAAUAGAUGCUCUUUCAUCCCAAUAUCGUCUCCAGCUGGAAAAAAAUUAGUGAUAUCAUUAAAGCAGCCAAUAACAUUAGAAUACAUUUCUGAAAGACAAGAUCGUAUAGACCGAUUUUGCUAUACACCCCUAAUAUUAAAGGCUAAUUAUAAAUGUAAACCCUUUGAAAAAAAGUUUGGUCAAAACGUUCAUUGCACAUAUAAAAAAUCUCAUGAAGCAAGCCAACAUAUAUAUGCUUUUCCACGUCGCCAAUUUUCGCAAAGAAGGGACACAACUCAAAACUUUUUGUUUUUAAAUUCGCCUCUAAUAAAACAGUGCCGUCCAAUUUCAGUGAGGCUUAAAAAAUUAUCUGACAGUGUAGGUGAGCAAUACUCUGUAUCCAAUUCAAAACUAAAUAUAAGAUUAACUCGCGAUACUUCAUUGAAUUCUCAAUGGAGAAUUUCGCCAUCAUCAGAGGUUGUUGUUGACACAAUUGAUUUGUGUUCAUCAGAUGACGAUGAUCAAAUAGUUUCGUCUCCAAAAAAAGGUAAUUCUGAAGUAAUUUCAUGUAUUUCUUUAUCAAAAUCAAAUACUGUCUCGAAAGUGCGAUCAAAUUAUUCAGUUCAAAAUGACCACUUAUCCAGCUAUUCACAGCUAACAGAUGAUAAUUCUCUCAAACCUCUGCAGCAAUCAGUAUACAUAUUUUCCAAUUAUAAAACAAAUUCAGUGCUUAAUAGAUUCAGUGAGUCAAAAGUAAAUAACCAUAAUAAACCAUUAAAAACAACGAACACGUUUUCUCAUUCAACUAAUAGUCAGUCCUUUAAUCAAGAGAAUUGUAACUUGCCAAAGAAUAUGAUAUCCGUUACAGACUGGUGCGCUCACUCAGCGAUUACAGAAAAUAAGGAUAUCAUGCAAUCUGAUAGCACUAUUACAUUCGAUAACCUCUCAGUUGUUCAACCUUUCAGUUCUUCUAGUAGAAUAAUAUCUAUUGAUCUAACAUCUUAGGCAUAAGAUUAAAUUAAUAAAUAAUUGAUA